UCUCGAACAUUAUGUUCCCCCAACCGGAAGAGAAAUUCAAAGAUCUGAAAACAGUGAAAGAUGCGACGACGACCAGGAAUCGGAGGAUUGCAAAAGGCCGCAGCUGCUAGGGAUCAGUACAGGUUACUAGGAGAAAAUGUAGCCAAGUUACGCACUGAUAUGAUGAAAGAACAGCUCGCCACGUUCCGUUCCCAGCUUGAAGAGUUUGCUCGUAAACACAAGAAUGACAUUCGUAAGAAUCCAGCCUUCAGGGCUCAAUUCCAUGAAAUGUGUUCUAACAUUGGUGUGGAUCCUCUUGCUUCCAACAAGGGUUUCUGGGCUGAGCUCCUUGGAAUUGGUGACUUCUACUAUGAACUUGGAGUUCAGAUUAUUGAGGUUUGCAUGCUUACAAGGUCACACAAUGGAGGUUUGAUCAGCUUGCAAGAGCUCUGCAACCAUCUUCGUCAAAGAAGGAAGAAGGAUCGUGAAGCUGUGACUGAAGAUGAUUGUCUUCGAGCUAUUAGCAAGCUAAAGGUACUGGGUAGUGGAUUUGAGGUUAUCACAAUUGGGAAGAAAAAGCUUGUCCGUUCAGUACCCACGGAGUUGAACAAAGACCAUAACCAGAUCUUGGAGUUGGCUCAGGGCCAAGGCUUUGUGAUUGUGGAAGAGGUACAAAGACGCCUCUCAUGGACAUCUGGUCGGGUUAUAGAUGCUCUCGAAACUUUGUUAGAAGAGGGCCUUGCGAUGAUCGACAACGGCCAUAAAGACGGAAAGUGUCGGUACUGGUUUCCCUGUGUUUCUUCUGUUUACUCAUCCAUCGGAUCUGAUACUUAACCUGGUACAUGCUCUGUUUUUUUUUACUUGUUUUAUAUUAAAUACAGUCACACUUUAUUACAUACUGUAUAAAUUAUGAAGAAAUCUCUUCAUUAUAUUACUUAAAUUUUCUUGUACAUUUAUCAAGAAUUGUUUAUUUCAUAGACCACCUUGUAAAAAAAUUAUUUAUGCUUGGUCGUUGGA